UGAACAUCUAAAUGUCAGGUGUCGUUCUAUAUGUCACUAUAAUAGAAGGCGGUGUACUCCACUUUUCCCAUUCUUAUCAGCCACUUCUCCACCGCCCUGAUAUGGAGAAAAAAUUGAGGAAGAGAAGAGCAAUCAAUUAUCCACGAUAUACUGUUCUCCUGUCCAAUUUAACGAAUGCUAUUGAACUAAUGCUACGAUCUUAGCCGACCAACCCAUCCAUUGCCCAUAGCCCCAUAUCCACACCAUGGACUCCUCAGACCCCGUCAUCGCAUCCUACGACGUCUACCUGACAGACUCCGAAAUCUCUCGGUACGUCCUCCAAUAUCUCGACCGACUACCAGACUACCCCUAUGAUGACCGCCAUGGCCAAAGGCCCACUGCCUUCCGUUUAAAACCGAAAACAGGGCUUGUCGAAGUCGACGUCCCCAUCAACACCCGCAUGAACUAUGACGUGAAUAAAGGCCUGAAGUACGGCGAUGCGCUGAAGAAAAGUCGCAGCUCGCAAGAGGGCGGCGCGUUCGGCAUGGCGGGUGGUUUCAGUGGCGGUUCCCUUGCUAGCGGGAAUAAGGUGAAAAUGGAAGCCGGCGGGGAUGUGGAAAUGGGCGGCAUGGGAAAUGGAGACUCGGCUUCCUUAUUACGGGUGCAGACGCUGGGAGGUCGCAUUAAGAUUCCUGAGGAGGGGGACCCGGUUUAUAUGUUGGCUGCUUUCCGGGGGAAUAAUCUUCAUCUGUCGCCUGUUUCGGCGGUUGUGCAGGUGCAUCCUCAGCUUCAUCAUCUUGAUGCGUUAGAUGAGAUUCCCACCAAGGGUAAGGGAAAGAAGAAGGAUGAUGAUGAGGGUGGUGGAAAUGAGGCUCGCGCUAUUGAUAUCAAGGUUAAAGCGGCUGAAGAUGACCAGGCGAGUCAGUUGGCUGGUAACCUGGAUCUUUUGAAGAAGAUGCAGGAGGAGAAAUGGGGUAGCUAUGAUUGGGUCGAUGCCGAGGUGAGUAUUUGUUACGUGAUGUUUUCGUUUCUUAUAAGAGGCUCCGCUAAUUCGAGAUACUCUAAGACUGAGGAGUCAUGGCAAGUAUAUGAAAGCUACAUGAUGCACCAAGAUUUGGAAAAUCUACCGCAAUUAGAAUCGGCGAUCGAUAGUGAGGACUAUCUGGAUAAAAUGAGUGCGCCGCGUAUUGACCCAGCAAACCCAGAGAUGACUGGAUGGGCUAUGAAGCAGAAUCGGAUGAAACAGAAUGGAAGAGGGAGCUCUUCUAGGAGUACUACUGAAGAGGAAUGAUUAAAUUACUUUAUGUGUAAAAAAAAAAUAGACUUUACGAAUGGCAUCAUGAGAAUAUUCCCAAAAGUGCAAGGAGCGUUCUAGGUAUGGCUAAUUGAUUGUAGUAUGCGAAAGAUGCU